AUGGGUAGUCAUGGGGAUAAAGAAAGAGGCAAUGUUCUGAUUAGGGCCAUACUGUUGGGUCUCUUAAGCAUUGUGUGUGUGAAUGGUACUAUCAUAAACUACAAAGAAGCCCUAACCAAAUCCCUAAUCUUCUUGGAGGCUCAAAGAUCAGGCAAACUCCCUCCUAAUAAUAGGGUUCCGUGGAGAGGUGAUUCUGCUCUUGAUGAUGGCAAACUCGCAAAUGUGGAUUUGGUGGGAGGGUACUAUGACGCAGGAGACAAUGUGAAAUAUGGUCUUCCAAUGGCGUUCACGAUCACAACGCUAGCUUGGUCCACCAUUUACUAUGAGAAAGAACUCCAAGCCGCUGGAGAGCUCGAAAACGCUCGUGCCGCAAUCCGCUGGGGCACCGAUUAUUUCCUCAAAUGUGCUUCUCGCGAGAACCGCCUCUAUGUUCAGGUCGGAACCAAAUAUGUAGGUGAUCCACACGCGGAUCAUAAGUGUUGGGCAAGGCCUGAGAACAUGCAAACGCCAAGGACAGUGUUACAGAUAUCUGACAAAGAUCCUGGGACAGAAAUCGCGGCUGAAACUGCUGCUGCACUAGCCGCUUCCUCCAUCGUUUUCCGCCAUAUCGACCACAUGUACUCUCACCAGCUCCUCAACAAAGCCAAAUUGGUAUGCUUAUCAAUAUAUACAUAUUUUGCACAUGUACAUCAUAUUUCUAUUUCUAAUAUUAAUUCUCUCUCUCUCUUUUUUAUUAAUAUGUUUUUGUUCAUAAUCAAUUUUGACACAAAUCUGAAGGACGAGUUACUAUGGGCGGCAACAUGGCUAUACAAAGCAACAAAGAUUGAGGUGUACCUUAGCUAUCUCAAAUUUGAAGCCAUAAGUGCUUACGUCUCAGAGUUUAGCUGGGAUCUCAAAUACGCCGGUGCGCAGAUCCUCAUUCUUGAGAUGAUAUUCGAAGGGGAAAAAGGACUUGACCUAUACAAACAACAAGCUGAUAGUUUUAUCUGCUCAAAUAUACCUGAUAGUCAGUACCACCAAGUCUUCACUACCCCAGGUGGUCUGAUUCACUUGAGGGAUGGAGCCAACACUCAAUAUGUCACGGCAACAGCCUUUUUGUUCUCGGCCUACGCCGAUAUUCUCCAGAAAUACAAUCAAAAGAUCUCUUGCGGAAGCAAACAAUUUGAUUCGACACAUCUCAUGGCUUUCGCCAAAAAACAAAUUGACUACAUAUUAGGGCAUAACCCAAAAGGAAGAUCGUACAUGGUUGGGUUCGGACCAAACCCGCCAAUGCAAGCCCACCACAGAGGAGCCUCGGUGCCACUGGCUGAAGCUAACGAGCCGUUAAGCUGCCCAAUGAGCUUUGUGAAAUGGUUCAACAUAAACAAGCCUAACGCUAACGAGUUGACAGGAGCCAUCUUGGGAGGACCCGACCGUCAAGAUAAUUUUCAAGAUUUCAGGUGGACCUCUGCUUACACGGAGCCUUGCACUUACAUCAACUCUAUCGCCGUGGGUGUUCUCGCUAAGCUUGCCGCCACAGCUUAGUCAUAUAUACCAUACUUGAUGAAAUUACUUUGAUGAAAAGUAUUUAUUCUAGGUUUCCUUUCCUAAUACAUUUGCAUACGCCUGUGGCUAUAUUGUCUAUUUUCAUUCUUUUUACCUUUGUAGGUUGAUUUCAGGAAAUAUGAUUUCCCGAAAAAUGUGACAUUGAAUGGGUAUAAUGAUAAGCCCUAAUGAUUAAAUAAUAAAUAAGUGUAAUUAAUGAAUAGCCGCAAAGGUAAAUUCCUA